CCGUUAUUCCCUCACUCCUCGCCCCGCCUGCCUUGGUGCCUUGCUCCCCCGCGCCCGCACUCUUUUUCUCUGGCUUUCCCCCCGGCCAGCUUUCGCCUCUGGCCGGCCGGACUCCGCAAGCUUACACGGCAUAACGCGGGGGUGAAAAAGCAGGAAGAAAACACAACUGUGGACAACCGAGGGGAACAACAAGCGGGCGCAGUGCAGCAUCGCGCUACCCCGCCACGUGUGUUAAAUCUCUCGGCGUUGCUUUCAACGGCCUAUUGUGGACAUCUUUUUUUUUCAUCAGAAAAGUGAUAUUCGAACUUUCGAAGAUGUAAAGAGUCUGCGUGUGCUGCUAAGCUUGAGCUGGACACAUUCAUUCAGCGGCACCGUUAGCUCGCUUGUCUCUGUGGAAACCAAUUUUUUUUCUAGGGUGGGGGGGAGUGGGGGUCAAGCCGAACGAAUUCCCUAAUUGUCUGCGGGAAGAAAGAAGACAAGAAAAAAGAUGCUGUCCGAGCUGAGCGCCUGGUUCUGGCAGGAGCGGUUGUGGUUUCCCGAAGGUCUGGGAUGGGCUGACCUGGAGGACCGGGAUGGACGAGUGUAUGCCAAAGCGACCGAUUUGUGGGUGGCCCUGCCCAUCGCUCUCUUAUUCCUAAUUGUCCGUCAGGUCUUUGAAAGGACGGUGGCAACGCCUCUGGCCUCUUUACUCGGGGUAAAAGAUACAGUACGGCUCAGGGUGCCUCACAACCCCACACUGGAGUCCUUCUUUUGCAAAGUUACCAAAAACCCCACGCAGGUUUCUCUCGUGAGUCUUUGCAAGCAGACGGGCUGCUCGGAAAGACAAGUGCAACGAUGGUUUCGAAGGCGGCGGAACCAGGACAGGCCGAGUUUGCUGAAAAAGUUUCGAGAGGCCAGUUGGAGAUUUACCUUUUACCUUCUUGCUUUCAUUGCUGGCCUGGCCGCCCUCAUCGAUAAACCGUGGCUGUAUGACGUGCAGGAGAUGUGGCAAGGCUUUCCUGUGCUGACUUUGCUCCCAUCUCAGUACUGGUACUACAUGAUCGAACUGGGCUUCUACGGCUCCCUGCUCUUCAGCGUGGCCUCCGAUGUCAAACGCAAAGACUUCAAGGAGCAGAUAGUCCACCAUGUGGCAACCAUCCUCCUCAUCAGCUUUUCUUGGUGCGUCAACUACAUCCGUGCCGGAACGCUCAUCAUGCUGGUGCAUGACUCCUCUGAUUACCUCCUGGAGUCUGCCAAGAUGUUCAACUAUGCUGGCUGGCGAAAUGCCUGCAACUACAUCUUCAUCGUAUUCGCCGCAGUCUUCAUCGUAACUCGCCUCGGCAUCUUCCCCUUCCGGAUCAUCUACUGCACUUGGGUGUACCCCGUGACCAUCUAUGAGCCCUUCUUUGGCUACUACUUCUUCAAUGGUCUUCUCAUGGUGCUGCAGUGUCUUCACAUCUUCUGGGCCAUUCUCAUCAUACGGAUUGCCGUCCGCUUCCUCACCAACAAUGAAAAGGUGGAUGACGAGCGCAGCGACAAGGACGAGACGGACGAAUCCGAAGAUGAGGAGGAAGAGGAGGACGUUAAAAAGGUCCCAAAGGCAAACGGACCGCUGCAGAACGGCCACGCGGUGCUCAACAACAACCACAGCAAGUUGGAAUGACAGCAAGGACGUGCACGCCGCAUGGACUCGUAUGCCGGCGGCGGCGAGAGACGUGCAAAUUUGACACCUUUGUACAGCACGACACACAUACACACACAUUUGGACAAAGCCAAACGAACGCGGCCUGACGCUGAUGUGGGCCCGCAUGCGUUCUCACCGCAGACGGGGAAGAAACUGGAGAGGAGGGCGGAGGGGAGUGACCGCGCCACGCCCCGCGUAGCUUUCCUCGCUCGUGUGCCUUACAGCCGGAUAACGGCUUCUUUCAAAAGAAAAAAAAAACCAGAACACCAUUUUUACACCUCGCUUUAAUUGUUUUUGCUUUUUGCUUUGACUAAAACUGAACAAAUGGAGCAUCCCUCUUUUGAAAGGGGAGGACGGGGCAUUUAUUUUUCCUGAAUUGCGUCUAUGCAACGAGCUAUCGCGAUGUCUUUGCACAACCUCACACUUCCUUUCUUUGACUUUCUAAACUGUGUGCCUCACACUUUCUGUCAAGCUCUUGGGACUUUCAUUCACUUCCAAUGCCAUAAAGCUACAGUCCCAAAAUAUUUUCUCAAGUUUACUGUCUGCCAUCCCUCCAACAGACCGACCAUGCUCCCAAGGUAGUAGUUUUGCAAAUCGAAGCCGUGCUAUAAUUACACCGGUCAACAGAAAAUUUUAAUCAGAGAUGGCCAUGAGGUAUUCUUGAUGCUGAUUCCAAAAAUAGAUUUACUUUUUUCCCCGAGCACAUCAGAUUUUUUUUUUUAAUCUGAGUUGCUGGCACCCUGAAGAAGACAGUGACAGAAAAUACAAAUACAACACUGCCCCCUAAUGGAGAUAAUGUUAAAUUGUUUCUCUCUCUCUCUCUAAUAUAUAUACUGUUUAUAAAAUAAGUCGGUGAAUGUUCCCACUUGUUGGGGAAGACUGUUUUAAAAACAACCAGAACAUUCAUUUCAUGCCAGCGCAUUGUCGCAGCCCAAUUAACCGCCGUGCCUACAUGGUGGCCAUUUUGGCAAGGGUGACUUUCCUGUUAAAGACAAUACACAGGCCUCAAAAAUAACUUGAAAAAUGCUCGUUUAUCAACAGAUUGUCAUGGGCUUGACCUUUUUUUUUGUUUAUUUGUUAAGAAAUUACCCAUGAAAGGUUAUUCCUAGCCCCGUGGUGGUAAUUGUACGGCGAUGUGUCCAACCGCAUGCAGCACAAUGUGCCGGCAUCCCUUGUUUUUGGUUUUUUCGCCCUCCACACAUGGAAUCACUGCGCUUAGCAACACUGGAGGCAUGCGGAUCACGGGGAUGUGUUGUAACUACCCAAGUUCACAUCGAUGCCUCUUCCCAUCUGCAGUUGAGGAACGGCCACUAUUCAUGGAAGCAGUAUGUUGAGCACUGUUUCAGAUUUGACCCGUUUGCAGAAUUGCAGCUUUGAUUGUGUUUGCUUGUUUUUUUUUUUGUUUUAUUCACAUUUAUCGGAACAAGUGGAAUCUUGCUCAUGCCCACUGCCUACUUGCUUGGGUGAUGUUGAUGACCCCGGGCAAACGUUUUGUACAUGAAAAGAGUCUCAAAGUGUGAUAUUUGACGUCGCCAGGAGGUUAUCGCAAAGCCAUGUUUUGUUAUGCUUUAACAUUUCAAAAUUGUUUUCCCUCCAAUGUCAAGUGCCUUAUUUGUAAUUUAUGGGACAUUCCCUCUCCUCUGCUUGUCCUGUUCUUCUCUGUCUCCGCCUCCUACACACACACAUCACAAGCAGCAUGUCCUCCUUCUUCACUAUCCUCCUCCACAUAUCCCCCAUUCCACCGCCAACUACCGGUACCUUGAUUGCUCUACUUUCCUUUCAAACUAAUCACGACCAACCGACCAGCAAGCUUUCUUUUUCCACCGGUCGCACAGAAGCAAAAUCUGGCUCCGGGUUACAGUAUUAUUAUUUUUUGUUUUUGUUAAAUGACUCCCUAAGUAUUGUUAUUAAUAAUAAAAACAAAAGAUCAUGAAUCACAUUGACAA